CGGUCCGUAGCCAAUGAUAGACAGGUGAAGAGAGAGGGAGAGAGAGGGAGAGAGAGAGAGAGAGAGAGGGAGGAAAGGAAGAAAGAAAGAAAAAAAAACCUGCUGCCACCUCGCUCGCCCGCUCGCUCGUGCGCUUUUACAGCGCCGUUUUCACGCGCUCCCCUCCCGGGCACGGCGAGAUGACACCGCCGUCAGAUACGUCACGACGGAUCAAACAGCUACCGUCUGAUGCAGCUCGGCUGCCUUGAGUCCGUGGCCAACUCGUCCGUCGCCUACUCCUCGUCGUCCCCGCUCACCUACCCGGCCACCGGGCCCGAGUUCGCCUCGCCCUACUUCCCCGCCAACCACCAGUACACGCCCCUGCACCACCAGUCCUUCCACUACGACUUCCAGCACGGCCACCCGGCCGUCAACCCGGACGCGUACUCGCUCAACCCGCUGCACCACUCGCAGCAGUACUACCAGCAGCUGCACCACCACGGCGAGCCCGCGGACUUCAUAAACCUGCACCACGGCGCGCGCGCGCUCAAGUCCUCCUGCCUGGACGAGCAGCAGCGGCGCGAGCUCGGCUGCCUCGACGCCUACAGGCGCCACGACCUGUCGCUGGUCAGCCACGGCUCGCAGUACGGCGUCCACCCCGAGCAGAGGCUGCUGCCCGGAGCGGGGCUCGGGCUGCCCCCGCCUGGGGCCGAUGACCUGCAGGGCUCCGUGGACGCGCAGUGCGGGCUCAUGCUGAAUGGGCAGGGCGGAGUGAUCCGGAGAGGUGGUACGUGUGUGGUGAACCCGACAGAUCUGUUCUGCUCUGUGCCGGGCCGGCUCUCUCUCCUCAGCUCUACCUCCAAAUAUAAAGUCACCAUCGCUGAAGUCAAGCGCCGCCUCUCUCCUCCGGAGUGUCUGAACGCCUCGCUGCUCGGGGGCAUCUUAAGGAGGGCAAAGUCUAAGAAUGGCGGCCGGUGCCUUAGAGAGAAGCUGGACAGGUUGGGACUCAAUCUCCCAGCAGGCCGCAGAAAAGCCGCUAACGUCACCCUGCUCACCUCUUUAGUGGAAGGCGAGGCACUGCACCUGGCUCGGGACUUUGGCUACACAUGUGAGACGGAGUUUCCCACUAAAGCGGUGGGAGAACACCUGGCACGGCAGCACACAGAGCCCAAGGAACAGAAUGCCCGCAAGAAAAUGGUGCUGGCCACCAAGCAGAUCUGUAAGGAGUUCCAGGAUUUGUUAAGUCAGGAUCGUUCUCCACUGGGUUCCUCGAGGCCAACGCCAAUACUGGACUUAGACAUUCAGAGACAUCUAACACACUUCAGUCUCAUCACGCAUGGUUUUGGCACGCCAGCGAUCUGUGCAGCUCUAAGCACCUUUCAGACAAUUCUGAGUGAAAUGCUAAACUACCUGGAGAAACAUUCGGCCAACAAAAGCACGGGAACACCCGACGGCAGCCAGAUCAACUCCAACUCUGAAAAAACGCCACUACGCAAAACGGCCGAAACGCCCACAAAAGAUGGCAAAAUGGAGAAAACUGAAUGACUGUGUCCUUCUUAGCCAAGACGGAUCACUGCUGAAUCACUUCCUGAUCUGAGCCCUGAUGGGCGAGCCUUGUUCAGGGCGUGGCUGGUAUGGGGUGGGCUUUGUUCUUUUUCUGUCUUUUUUUUAAUUUAACCUUUACUGUUAAUUUAUUUUCUGACCUCAUGUCAUAUUUCCAGUGUCUGUUUAAACGUAGAAAUGAACAACGCCAUUCUCUUGAUCUUUCCCGUCGACCACACCCGAUGUAUUUCCACCAUUUUGUAAGUUAUCAAAAAGAAAAAAAAAAGUAUUUUGUUUAAAGUUUGUCUUUACUUCUAAUAGUUGAAAUAAUUAUUUGAAAAUGUACUAUCUUUUAUCGAAAGAUACACAUUCCAUUUUCGGCAAGGCCUAAUUUUAAGGUCGCAUUGGAACUGUAAAUGAAUUCUGGUGACUCUCUUUGUUGCCAUUGGUAAACUGUAUAUUGUGCAUGUUAAAGUUUGUACACUGCUCCAACCUGACGUUCCUCACUGAAGCUUCAGAACACGACAUCUCGACCGCAUUUGUAAAGAAGUUAUAUAUAAAUAUAUAAAUGACAACUUUUCUUGUAGGUUUUGAACUACAUAUAUGAAAUAUCCUUACAUGCAAACUACCCGUGUUCAAUAAAGCAUAUUGCUCAAAGUCUUAUAUUAAAUCAGUGUGUUGCUGGAA